AUGGUAUCUACAACCAGUGAUUCGAAGGUUCAACCGGGGGUUGCAGGCUUCACUCGCUUCUUUGGCACUCGCUUCUAUGGUGUAGAUUCCAUUCAGGUGGAUGGUCUUGGCGCGCUUAUGGCGUUGGAUGCAGCACCGCUACGUCUGCACUGUGAAGUUCUAUUUGAACAUUGUCAUCAAGAACAAACAGGAGGUGGUGGUUACCAAGGCGGUGGAGCGAAACCGUUUCACUGGAAAGCUCCUAGGGAAGAUCGCCAACAAGCUGGUCUCGGAGGACAUGUUUUCAGAGAAAGUUGCCGCCAAUGUGGAGCAGAACAUCCCCCAGCGGCUGCUGAACGAAGGCGGUAUCACGGCCACGGCGAAGACGCAGUUCCACCGGGGAAACUUCUUCGUGGUCUUGGUCUCAGUGGAGAAGAUCGACCUGCGGAAGAUGCUCAUCUCGCGCUUGGAUGA